UCAGCCAUCAUCAUAGAUGGAGUGGAUACAUCAGAAAUGAACAGGGAGAAACUUGAGCAGUUCACAUUAAAAGUCAAAGAAGAGCUAGACAAAGAAAGGGAAGAAAGAAAUUACUUUCAGCUAGAAAGGGAUAAAAUACGUACAUUCUGGGAGAUCACUCGUCAACAGCUAGAGGAAGCGAAAGCUGAACUGAGAAACAGGGAACGCGCUACUGAAGAAGCACAGGAAGAAAACGAAGCACUUCUGGAGACAGAGAAACAAAAAAUCAAGCAUUUGAAGUAUGAACAGCAAGCAGCGUGUGCUGCUUUGAGAGCAGAGAACUUGGUUGCCUUGAAAGCAGCAAAAGAAGAACACACAGAACAAGAACUGGAACUUCUGAACGAUAAAAGAGCUUUACGGCAAGAAAUGAGAGAGAAAAUGUUGGCAGCUCAAGACGAACUUAGAAGAGCAAAGUUGAUACAUGCUGAAGAACUUUCUAAAACCAGAUCUGUAUUUGAAGAAAAAGCGCGUCAAAUUGAAGAUAAAGCUGACAAAAAACUGCAAGAGACCAAAGUAGAGCUAACUGUCAAACAUAGAACAGAGAUCAGUGAGGUCGAGGAGAGAAAGAAUAAACAGCUUUCCGAGCUAAUCGCUCACCACGAAAGGGCAUUUUCGGAUCUGAAGAAUUAUUACAACGACAUUACAUUAAAUAACCUAGGUCUAAUAAGCAGUUUGAAGCAACAGAUGGAGGAGAUGCAAAAAGUGAAAGAACGAGCGGAAAAGGUAGCCAGGGACGCUGUGGCCGAGUCAAAGAGUUUGAGGGAGCCUUUAGAAGCAGCCAUCGUAGACAAUAAAGAGUUGAAGAGGCAAAUGUCCAACUACGACCGAGACAAGGCUUCAUUGGCUGCUAAAACAAAGCAGUUAUCUUUACUGGAGCAGCAGUUCGAAGUGCUGAAGUGGGAGUAUGAAGUGCUGCAAGUGAGAUUCGAUCGAGUCUUAAAGGAAAGGGACGAAUUAAAAUCUAGGUUCUCAAGGGCCGUGCUAGAAGUACAACAAAGGGCUUCCUUAAAAACAGCUCUUCUAGAAGCAAAGUUGAAAAACUUUGAAGGACGCGAUUUGAAUCCGAGAGAAAUCCAUGAGCUGUUAAAAAUGAAGGACACCCAAGUUGAGGACUUGCGUUACGAAGCUGCUCGUCUAAGGAAAGCUCAUGAUGACCUUCUCGCCACUUAUGAAGCGAAAUUGGUUAAACUGGGGGUCCCGCCAGAGGAACUGGGAUUCAAGCCACUUAAAGCCGUUGCAGUAGCGGGCAUGUCUCCCGUGAUUGGUCAGGGCCCGGCGGGAUUGGUGGCUAAGGAACAGAUCUAGGAAUCUAUUGGAAAUCUACCUACCUAUUGACGUCAUUGUGUAUC